AUGCAAUCCGGACUUUCGAUCACCUAUGCAUCCGUCCCUGAGACGGACCGCAGUCCCGAUUUACGUUUGAUUCACUUCAAUGAUGUCUAUCAUGUUGAAUCGGGGUCGGCGGAACCAAUUGGUGGUGUCGCCCGUUUCCAAUCCCUUAUGAACUACUAUCGGGACGACGUACAAUUUGCAGGCCAGCCUGAUAUCCUCACCUUUUUCUCGGGUGAUGCAUUCAACCCUAGUCUGGAGAGCUCCGUCACCAAGGGCAGGCAUAUGGUACCUUUUCUGAAUAACAUUGGAAUUGACGUCGCUUGCGUGGGAAAUCACGACCUUGACUUUGGAGUAGUUCAGCUCCGACACCUGGCAUCGGCUUGUCACUUCCCUUGGCUUCUAGCCAACGUGCUUGACCCUGCUCUUGGUGAGGGUGUUCCGAUUGCCAAUUGUGGGGCGACGUGCAUGCUUAAAUCGUCAAAUGGAAUCAAAAUUGGGGUGAUAGGCCUUGGCGAAAGAGAAUGGCUAGGAACUAUCAACUCUCUACCUCCCAACCUAAUCUACAAAUCAGCGACCCAGACAGCCAAAGAUUUAGCACCGCAACUCCGUGAAGAAGGAGCCGAGAUUAUCGUCAUUGUUUCCCACCAGCGUGAACCGAAUGAUAACAAACUCGCCACCAAUUUACCUGCAGGGUUGGUUGAUAUCAUCCUCGGUGGUCACGAUCAUUACUACUCACAUGCUGUGAUCAAUGGUAUCCAUGUGUUGCGUUCUGGUACCGAUUUUAAGCAAAUGAGCUAUAUCGAAGCUUUCCGAAAAUCCAAUGGUGCCCCUGGUUGGAAAUUCAAUAUCACAAGGCGAGAUGUCGUGCGGUCUAUCCCCGAGGCCCCAGGAACGAAUGCCAUGGUUGAUCGCCUAACAGCAAGUCUCAAGGCUAAGGUAGAGAAGCCGAUAGGGUAUACAGUUACCCCGCUGGAUGCCCGGUUUUCUACAGUUAGGCAGCAUGAAAGCAACAUUGGAAACUUCGUCUGCGACCUUAUGCGUUCAUAUCAUUCAGCUGACUGUGCAAUGAUGGCGGGUGGCACUAUUCGCGGCGACCAGAUCUAUCCACCGGGCAUACUACGCUUGAAAGAUGUGCUGAACUGUUUUCCCUUUGAAGAUCCUGUGGUCCUUUUACGAGUUAGCGGCCAGGCCUUGAUCGAUGCGCUCGAAAACGGAGUCAGCGAGCUUCCUGCACUGGAAGGUCGCUUUUGCCAGGUAAGUGGCUUAGCCUAUGGCUUCGAUCGAUCAGCCCCGCCGAUGUCGCGCGUUACAUUUGCUCGGAUCGGGGGCCAGCCUAUUGAUCCCGAGCUUAAGUAUACCGUAGCGACACGUGGAUACAUGGCCCGUGGAAAGGACGGGUUUUCAUCAUUGCUAGUUCAAUCAGAGAACGGAGAAGCUGAGGAGCUAGUCUGUGAGGAGAAUGGGGUUCUUAUCAGCACAAUCCUACGUCAGUACUUCCUGAGUCUGAAGGUCAUCAGCAAAUGGACCCGCUGGAGUGCCAGUCUGAAACGGCACUGGGGCUCUGUUCAUACCGACCUCCACCGUGAGGGCUGGGUGAAGCCUCCCUCUUCUUCUGCGUCGCCAGUAUCAGCAAAGGCGCCCAGGAACCCUUUGACCCGACCACCCCUUUCGAGAACGGGUCGAGAGGCCUAUUAUUACGGGCGUUUUCCACAGGAAGUGGAGCAGCACACUGCCAAAUCUGGUGGAACGAAUAGCGAUGCUAUGGACUCUGAUUCGGACGAGGAUCCCGAUGUCCUUCCUUCCCCGGAUACCAACUAUGUCACACUUCGAGCCCUUUCUUCGGCUGAUGAAGAACGUCGGCUAAGAUUGGCUCGGUGGGUGAUUGGCCGAUGGACGCGUCACGUUGGCGUGCGCUCGUCACUUACUGAAAGUGAUAGCGAAGCGCCUGCAUGGACAUCUGGUAUCUCGCCUAAGGUGGACGGUCGCAUUGUAGAGGUUCCAUAG